GACGUAGUCAUGCAAUCGAUUGUUGGAAAGCAACUUAUAAACGUACUCGCAGAAACCACAGUCAGCAGACUACUGUCGUUCGAAGCUCUUCGUGCACUACACACUUCAAACGCAUUAAAUAUGCCUGCUAAGGUCGGAGACAAGAUCCCUAGCGUGGACCUGUAUGAAAAUACACCUGCUACCAAAGUGAACAUUGCCAAGCUGUGUGAGGGCAAGAAAGUGGUUCUGUUCGCAGUUCCUGGAGCAUUCACCCCUGGCUGCUCUCAGACACAUCUGCCAGGAUACGUGAGUGAUGCCCAGAGUAUCAAGGACAAGGGUAUCUCUGAGAUCAUCUGUGUGUCAGUGAAUGAUCCUUUUGUGAUGGCAGCUUGGGGCAAGGACCAGAAGACUGAAGGGAAGGUUCGAAUGCUUGCUGACCCCUCUGCUGAGUUUACAAAGGCCCUGGACUUGGCUACAGAUCUGCCACCUCUAGGAGGAGUCCGCUCCAAGCGGUACUCUAUGCUCAUCGACAACUGUGUGAUCUCCAGCAUCAACGUGGAACCUGAUGGCACCGGUCUCAGCUGUUCGCUGGCAAAGAAUCUCAAGGUCGUGUAGAGCUGCUCCCACACGUUAUAUUUUACUCAAGCCAUCACGUGAGAUAUUUAGAUGUUUCUAAUUUAUUAGACCAAACUUGUGUAAUUUCACUUUCACGUUCAAGCUGCAUUUCCGUUUUAUUUUUAUCGGUUAAUUUGUUGAUGUUAUUAUAAAGGCAUUCCCAACUAUAACCACAGUAAGCAUUGAGAUGUAAAGGAAUAGGCCUUAAAAGUUUAAUAAAAUGUUUUAUAAAUAA